AUUGGUCCUUUUUUCCCAAAUGUGCCAACUAUUGUUCCUCUUUGGGUUGCUAUUUUUCUGAGAGGACAGCAAAAAUGUCGUAUAAUGCCACCACCCUGGUUAAAUUUGACGAAGUUGAAUGAAUGUAAAGAGGCUGAAGAAAAUGAUUCCGGUUGUACCUCUCCUCCUCAUCCUCAAUAUAUUGAGAUUAGUACACUUCUUCUUCAGCAUGCAGCUGAGGAUAUACCAAAUCCUGAAAGUAUUCGUAACAUUGUUCGUGAUGUAUGGGAUAUACGUGUUGGGAAAUUGUUAUCGUCUGUUAAUGGUUUUCUUUCCAGUGGAUCGUCUACAGCACGAGUUAGUCAAUUAACUAACAUGGAAUUGACCACUUUACAUAAUCUUCUGACUAAUUCAAUGGAUCAGUUAUCUUUACUACGUCAAGCAACUUCACAAGCUGUAGAAUUCAGUGGUGGCGCAGUCAGUCGAACAUCAUUUUUGAAUUCAUCAUCUUUUGGCAAUUAAGAUGAUUUGCAGUGUAUAUAUAACAUCUAUUCAUUUAACUAAUCAGAUUACAACUAUAUAUAACAACAUAUUCUUGUUUAUAUGUAUAACCAUUGUUAUGAACAAAAUUAACGUUUAUCUAGAGUUAUCUGUUGAAGUUUUUCUAUGACUGGAUGUGAAACUACCUUAUUUAAACUAUUCGGAAGUGUAUUCAGUGUAGAUUCCCUUAUUUUAAAAGUACGCUUCUUAAAACUUCUUUUUUUUCCUGAAAGAUAUACUAGUCUAUCCAUAGGUCGUAAAAUACUGUUGAUAAAAUUUUUUAAUGUUCACAAAACCCAAUAAAUAUAAUGUAAAUAUACGUCUGGUUCAUUUAAUGUCAGUAAUAUUUA